AUGGGCCAGGCCGCCGGAAGAGCUACUGUGCGGCGCCGAGGGGGCGGGCCGAGCUCGCUGGCGCCUAGGAAGAACCUGGGCCUCCGCGGCGUGCGGCAGCGGCAGUGGAGCCGCUGGGCCGCGGAGAUCCGGCUGCCGCGCACCCGCGACAGGCUGUGGAUCGGCACGUUCCAGCACCCGGAGCAGGCCGCCCUGGCCUACGACGCCACGCUCUACUGCUUCUACGGCGACGAGAAGCAGCUGCCGCCGCAGCGCGUCUACAACUUCCCCGCCGCCCCGCUCCCUUACGUCCCGCCAGGGAAGCACGGCAACCUGUCCAACGAGAACAUCAAGGCCAUCGCCGAGAAGCACGCCGUAGAUCUCUACAACCUCACGUGA